UAGCUCUGAAAUGAAUGUUGACCUUUUCAGGGUCAUAGAACAGAAAUCCUCCCGGUCGAAAAAAAAAAGAAGCGGUUGCGCGUGGUUCGAUCUGCUACCAAAGCUGAAUUGAUUGAAUUUUCAACAGCACCAUUCUAAUAACAGUAAUAGUUUACAGAAUGAAUGGUGCUACAAACCACAGUGUGAGUGGAGGAUCUGCAGUUCAAGAAGAAAACAGUGAGACGGCUGCUUCAGGUAUCACAGAGAAAAUAGUGAUUCUAGAUGCUGGAGCCCAGUAUGGAAAGGUGAUUGAUAGGAAGGUUCGUGAGUUGUGUGUGGAUACUGACAUUAGCCCAUUGGACACACCAGCAUUCAUCAUCAAAGAAAAAGGCUACAAAGCAAUCAUAAUAUCAGGUGGUCCAGGUAGUGUUAAUGAUGAUGAGCCUGCUUUAUAUGAUCCUGCCAUCUUUUCGUGUGGCUUACCUGUGCUCGGGAUAUGCUAUGGUAUGCAGAUGAUGAACAAACAGUUUGGUGGAACAAUACACAAGAAGGAAACGAGAGAAGAUGGACAGUACAAGAUAACAAUUAAUCCCAAAUUAAAGAUAUUUGAAGGUCUUGAAGUUGAGCAGAUGGUUCUGCUGACGCAUGGUGAUAGUAUUGGUGAGAUUGCCAAAGACUUUGUGGAAGCUGCAAGGUCAGGGAACAUCAUUGCAGGAAUUGCAAAUGAAUCGCUCAAAUUAUAUGGAGUGCAGUUCCACCCUGAGGUAGAUUUGUCAGAUAAUGGCCGCCAAAUGCUGCAUAGUUUUUUGUAUGGUAUUGCAAAUUGUACCGGAUCUUAUACAAUAAAAGGACGACAAACUGGCUGUCUAAAGGAGAUUAAGGAUGUAGUAGGAGACAAGAAAGUACUGGUGCUAGUAAGUGGUGGGGUUGACUCAACUGUAUGUGCAGCAUUACUAUAUAAGGCUUUGAAUGAAGACCAGGUGUUCGCAGUUCACAUUGACAAUGGUUUCAUGAGAAAACAAGAAAGUGCACAUGUAUUAGAAUCAUUAGAAAAGAUUGGCCUAAAGGUUAAAGUGGUUAAUGCAGCAAUGACUUUUUACAAUGCCACCACGACGAUCCCAAUUAAUAAAAAGAACAGCAAGUCACCAAGAAGAACCACCAAUUCAUUAAACACUACAUCAGAGCCAGAGGAAAAGAGGAAAAUCAUUGGUGAUACAUUUAUGAGUAUAGCAGAAGAAAUAUGUAAUGAGUUAAAUUUAAAGCCAGAGGAUACAUUGCUAGCUCAAGGUACUUUGCGACCAGACCUAAUAGAAAGUGCUUCUUCAUUGGCCAGUAGUUGUGCAGAUGCAAUAAAAACUCACCAUAAUGACACUGAAUUGGUGAGACAUCUCAGAAAUGAAGGAAAAGUUGUUGAACCUUUAAAAGAAUUCCAUAAAGAUGAGGUUCGUGUUCUAGGAAGAGAACUAGGCUUACCAUCUGAACUUGUUCAAAGGCAUCCAUUUCCAGGUCCUGGUCUGGCUAUCCGCAUACUUUGUGCAGAUGAACCGUAUAUGUGUAAAGACUUUGCUGAAACUAGUGUCAUACUCAAGAUUAUAUCUGAUUAUUCUAACAAAAUGCAAAAGCCACAUGCACUGAUUGGCCGAGUUCAAGCAAGUUUGAGUCUUGAGGAACAAGCUAUGUUAGCGUCCAUUACCAAUCAUGAUGAAAUGUCAUCUGUUUUACUGCCUAUUAAAAGUGUUGGAGUUCAGGGAGAUGGUAGGACUUACAGUUAUGUAGCAGGUUUAUCAUGUGAAGGUGAACCAGAUUGGGAAAACCUGAUGCAACUUGCUAAGAUGAUACCCAAGGUUUGCCAUAACAUUAACAGGGUUGUGUUUAUAUUUGGAAAGCCAGUGAAUGAAGCAAUACAAGACAUCACUCCAACUUUCCUUACACCUAAUGUGCUUGGAACACUCAGACAAGCUGAUCAUUAUGCUCAGAUUAUUCUCAAGGAAAGUGGUUACUACAACAGGAUUAGUCAAAUGCCAAUUAUCUUAAUUCCUGUCCACUUUGACCGGGACCCUGUACUACGUAAGCCAUCAUGUCAACGUAGUGUUGUCAUCAGAACAUUUAUUACCAAUGAUUUUAUGACAGGAGUUCCUGCAGUACCUGGCAACCAAAUACAAAAGGAUGUGCUGAAUGAGAUUGCAAAGAAAGUAAAGACAGUUCCUGGAAUUUCACGUGUUUUAUACGAUUUGACAGCUAAGCCUCCUGGAACAACAGAAUGGGAGUGAACUGGAGUUGGUGGGCUGAGUGCAAAUUGAGUAUAAACUGAGAAGACUUUAGUGGGUGUGGCCUAAGCAGAGUACACUCUUGGGCUCUAAAUUGAUGUCUUCCAAGCAGAGUUUAUGAAUGAGGAUGACAUUAUUAUGCAGUUGAACACUAAAUUAUUGAUUGGUUGGGUAUUCAUUUUAUAUUUUUUGAUGUGACCAUAACAUUAUUUAACAACAUACAUUAGUAAGCUCCAUUAUAUUACCAGUACAAUUCACUAUAUAAAUUAAUAUUGACGUGUAAAUUAAAUUUUGAAGGAGGAGGAUAAGGUAUUGGUAUGUGCAUCAUGUAUUGCUAUUUCUAAUGUAUGUAUUGUAUAUAUAAAGGACCUUGACUAUCUAUUGUGAAUAUUAAUUUAAGAUGAUUAGCUGGUUCUAUUCACACAUUUGUAUGCAAUGUUUGACAAAUGUUCUUAACUGUAUUUAUAUACUGUAUUAACAUUUGAACCAUGCUGCAGUCACAAUCAAUUUCAAGAUUUUUCAUGUUUGAACAUAUAAAGUGCUAUAUAUAUUCGUCAAAACUUAUUUUUCUGUGUUCCUUGUUUCUGAGACCAUAACCAGUUAAGGCCUAUUUACACCAAGCUCAAAAGCAACACAAAAAGUAAAACCUUUUAUAUUCCUUAAUGUGAACCAACACUGAACUUGAUGCGACUAUGUGACAGAGCGGUGUGUUGCUUAGAAUAGCUGUUCUGAAAAUACUGAAAAUAUGGGUUGCGACUCAAAAUUGGAUUUUCCUUGAAAUUGAAUGUCAUAUCACAUGCUAAAUUUUGUUGUAAAGAGAGAGCAAUCUGAAAAUUGUUGUUUACCAUUUAAUGAGCUAUUAAUAUUGGUUUCUUUUAAAGUUCCGUAAAGUGGAUUGCGUCUGGACGUUUGUUUGGGUCGUUUGGCCACAAAAUGAUUUUCAUUUUCAUAAACUUGUGACGAAAAAUAUUAUAUUAUAAAAUUUUCCUAGAAUGAACUUAUUACCCAUCAGUGAUUCCUGCAGACUGUAGAACAAAUUUUGAACAAUGCAUUUGUGACGACUAAUGUCGUGCACAGAGUAAAUGGAUUGCACUACGCAACUGUCAUGCUCCGCGUAUUUGGGCUGCAGCGUCAGUGUUCUAACUAGUUGGGUAUAAUAUAUAAACUAGUUAGUACACUCUUGAGAGCAUAAAUGAGCUACUGCAUCAUACCACUGGAAAAGAACAUUUCAAUGGGUUUAUAAUAUUUAAUGAAUUCUUUUGUGAUUGAUGCUUCCAUUGAUCCAUUUUGUGCAAGGACUUUCAACUUUACUGGGUUAGUUCAUGUGAUCAUGUAAAUAAUGUACAUUGCUGAAGUUGAAAUGAUGGUGUGAUUUCAGCUUCAGACUAAUGUAUUCAUUAAUGCCUUUCACUCAUACUGCUUUCACUCUAUUUUGAAAUGAAAUAAAAGAAUCAAUAUUGUGAUACCAAACAUGU